AUGGAGGAGAUGGUAGAGGAGAAGUUUAGAAUAGGGAACCUAGUCGAAGUUAGCAGUGAUGAAGAUGGCUUUGAAGGUGCUUGGUUUGCUGCAACUGUUAUCAAACAAUUAAGUAAUGACAAAUUCCUGAUCGAGUACAAAAGCCUGAGGAAUGAGGAUGAUACAGAUUUCUUGAAAGAAGAGGUUGAUAACUUGCACAUACGGCCGUAUCCAGCCGACACUGGAGUGGUUGACCAUUUCAUAUUGCUUGAAGAAGUUGAUGCUCUGUAUAAUGAUGGGUGGUGGGUGGGUGUGAUUUCCAAAGUUCUUUGUGGCCAAAGGUAUGUUGUCUACUUCAGAGGGACCGAUGACAAAAUGGAGUUCAGACACUCUGAUUUGAGGCCACAUCAGGAUUGGAUUGAUGGAAAAUGGGUCAUGGCUUCCCGGGCUUUGAAGUUGUGAUUGCAAGGACGGUGCAACUCCCAGAGCCUCUGAACGAGUUCUUGUGGUAUUACUUCUAAUGGUAUAUAUUUUUCUGUCCCGACUUUAAUAUUAUAUUGUACUCCAUACUGAAGCCUUGGCAUUAAGGUUGGCUGUCUAACAUGGAUGCUUGGUCGAUGAGUGAUGUGUAUAUAACUUGUAUCUGGCAGUGAUUUGGUCCUUCUGACCAUACAAUUAGGCAUUCUUUCAGAUUGCUUUAGAUUUUCAAGUUAUUUCGAAUCAAGUAAGCAACAUUGAAAUGAAACCAUUCUGCCGUGCUAGUUCUAUCGACUAGUUAUUAGAUUGGAAGUUGGUCGUGUCAUGUCAAAGUGGUGUCAUUUUUAUUGUUCUACUUAUGCCUGGCUCAUGUAAUAUUCGUCAAUUGUUGGGUUCGUGUCAUGUAAUGUCAUGUUGGGUAGAACUUGCAUAUAGUCAAGUUCAUGUCGACCUAUUUAUUGUUUGUUACACCUCGG